AUGACCACUCUUAGUAUUCGGAACGUUGCAUACUUUACUUGUGACACAGUUUGUGUCCCUUCACUUCGGAGCCUCCAACACUAUACCGGUGGAUACUAUGCCAAUCUUUCUUGGUCUCUGCUCAAAACGGUUGCUGUUGACCGCAUCCCUGAUGGCAAACGCUGUGACAUGUUGGAGGAAGUCACCUUACUUGAUCAGAUGACGAUGACAAGCUUUAAAAACACCCACUGCCCAAAACUCAGAAGUGUCUCGAUUCCCAGUUACCAAACUGGUGUAAUCACUGAUUACUUUAACCAGGACCAACUCAAACAGCUAACAACGUUCAAGGGGGCGAACAUCAGGCUCGAUGACUUGACGUUAUUGGAGCACGUCGAAGUGUUAGCCGUACAGUGCGCCGAAAUUAUCACCGAAGACACCCCGUUGUCGUCCGAUCUCGUGGAUUUGACGGUUUAG